AUGCUGCUAUUCACAUCUUCGGAACGCGGUCAACUUAUACUAAAUUACAAUUCUCACCAAUACACAAAGAAGCGUGUACGAAAGACGAGCAACGAGUACCAUUAUCGAGAUCGUGGUUUUACUAGCACGCUUUCUCUUUGUACAGUCGAUGCAAAAGUUCUUCGCGAGCCCUCUACUCAUACUUGUCAACAAUCAGCGUCUUCCGGCAAAUCUCUAGUCGACGAAGCAGUUGGUAAUAUGAAAAAAUGUGCACCAGUGGAGACCACGCCGAUCCCCAAAAUCUAUACACAAGAAAUCGUUAAAGCUCGUAUCAGUCAUCUCGGUAUAGCAACUGGUCUAUUCUUUCCUACAUUUGAGAAUGUUGAUGCUUCACUGUAUCGAAGUCGAUCGAAGAACUAUCCAUCGUUACCGAAGCCAUUGGCCGAUCUCGUUCUUCCAGACGUUUGGCGACUUGCCAAGCACGGAGAACCACGUUGA